UCUCUCUCUCUCAACUAUAGUUUAUCCUUGGCUUCAAUCUGCGCUGGUUGGUGAUAGUAGCGAGGAUGACGUUGGCGGUGGCGGCGGUGGCACUGGCGCUGGUGCUGGCACGGUCAUCUCAGGCCGCCCAGGAAAACAGCUUGAUUCUAAUUCUUAUAGACGGGUACCGGUGGGACUACACGGCGGUGCAUGGCGGGGGGGCGGGGCUACCGGGCUUCCAGUACCUCGAGACGCAUGGCGGCCGCGCCGAGUACCUCAACCCCGUGUUCCCGACCAUAUCCAACCCGAACUGGCUCACUAUUUCCACGGGACUGUACCCUGAUCAACACGGAAUAAUCGGUAAUAACUUUUAUGACCCCGAGAGGAAGGCCGAGUUCUCCCUCUUCGACAUGAACACGACGCAGGACCCGGCCUGGUGGGGAGACGCCGAGCCCCUCUGGAUCACCGCCACUAAGGGGGGGCUUGACACGGCGCUCCUUCACUGGUCAAGGUGUGACGUCCCCUGGAAAGAUGGCACUAGGCCGAGGCACUGCGAGCGGCACGAGUAUGACGCUACCGGCAGUCUGGCACAGCUCCCCAAGAGACUGAGCCGCGCCGUGGACAUGAUAGAGACCGAGGGCUACAGGCUGGUCAUGGUGUAUGAGGACGCCGUGGACACGCUAGGUCACUACAAGGGCCCGCUGUCUCCCGAAGUCAAGGCCGCCGUUGGGGAAGUGGACCAGGCGCUGCAGGGGAUGUGGAGUGACCUGCAGGCGAAAGGAAUGACGGAUAAGACGAACGUGGUGCUGGUGAGCGACCACGGCAUGAAGGCGGUGAAGGGGGAGGCGGCGUUGCAGGUGGUGGAGGUGGGCCACUGCCUGCACGCGGGACAGGUGGAGGUGGUGGUCAACGAUGCCUUCUACCUGACCCUCCACCCCUCACCUGGUAUGGCUGAACAGGUGGUGGAGAGCAUGAGGUCAUGCGAGGGAGCCAGGGACAAGGUCAAGGUGUACCACAAGAAGGAGGUCCCACCACGCUACCACUUCAAGGACCACCGACUCGUCCCGCCCGUCCUGGUCAUUCCGGGGAAAGGCUACAUUUUGGAAGUGAAGGAAGCUACGGGCGUGAAGGUGAUCGAGAGUGACGUGUCUUCGUACUUCGGCAACCACGGCUUCGACAACACCGAGGGGCAGCACCCGGACAUGCGCGGGGUGCUGUACGCGGCGGGGCCAGCGUUCGCGAGGGGAGGACGUGCAGGGGCCGUGGAGCAAGUAGAUGUUUAUGGGUUACUCUGCCACGCCCUGUCCCUCCCCUGCAACCCCCACCAAGGCAACCCCGACCGCACCGCCCCCCUGCUCCGCGCCCCCCCGCCGCCCCCCGCUGAGGAGUACCACCACCAUCACUACCAGGACACCACCACCACCACCGCCACCACCUCCGUCAGACUCGUAGUUAUCCUCAUUAUUGCUUUCAUCACUUUCCGUUUCUUAUUCGGGAAAAAGUAAGAUGGAUAGGGUAUCUCUCUCUCUCUCUCUCUCUCUCUCUCUCUCUCUCUCUCUCUCUCUCUGCCAAAAAGAAAGAAAAACAAAUAAAUGGUCAAGUUUAUACAUAAGAAAUCAUUAUUGUCAGUGGUCAUCCUUCGUCUGUGCGUGUGUGUGUGUGCGCCACUCGCCAACCAUGUGCUAAAGAGGGGAAGAAAAUCGAUUGAAGCGGCUGUGAUCUCUGUUGCCUAGGCCUACCAAGCACCCAGCUCCGGCCGCCUCACGACAUGGCCCCCUCGAGCACUACGCAGUCCCUUAUCUUUAUACGCGCUGUUAAAAGGCUAUUGUUGGGUUAUUUUUUGUGUAAGACUUCUUUUCGUGUUGCUCCAGUGCGUAUCUCCGUUUCCUUAACCUAUAUGCUCCAGUACGCACCCAUGUCUCUAGCCUAUACGUCCUAAAUGAAUAGGCUACUAAAUAGAUUAGGAGUUAAAGAUCGUCAUAGUUUACCCUGUUUUCAAAUCUUCUCUGGUGCAUCGAUGCAUAUGAAUGAAUGAAUGAAUGAAUGAAUAGCUAACAUAAGUGUGUAAUGAUGUUUGAUGAGGAAAUAUAUCCGUCUUUAUUUCUCUUCUGUUACUGAUGAAAAAAUAAAUAAA